CUUUGACCCCAACCUCAUCUAUGAUAGAAUAGCCUAUGGUAUCAUUCCUUGUUCGACCUCAUCAAAUCAAAAAAUGUUUCCCUCCAGUAGUCCAAAUUCGUUAAUUUGAAUGUUCUGAACUUCUUUGAUCUUCUUCAACUCUUCGAGCUGCAAAUUCGGCAGCAACGUCGUCGGAUGAGAUACUUUCUGUAGGCCAUCCACAUCAUGAGGCUCGGUCAAGAGUGCAGGUAUCCACGCGAAGGAUACUUUAGGAUUCCUUAUAGUCUCAACAGCAAUACCAACCUCUUUAUGCGGUAUAAUGCAAAAGCCAUAGGGUCAGGGUCAGAAGCAUCACAGUACGAGCUACAAGACAAGUGGCACAAGCAAAUGACGUUGCUUGAGGCACAAAAACUGACGCUUCGAGUUCUAAAGCAAGUCAUGGAGGAGAAACUAGACCACCACAACGUCCAGUUGGCACAGGUCACACCACAGAAAGGCUUCGCGAUAUUAGAUGAAGUACAACUGAAGGAAAUUAUUGACGCCAUGUAAUGUUUCAGGUAGAUAACAAUAUUAAUCAAACAGCCUUGAGAUGUGUCUUUGCUAACAUUUAAUGAUCGCAAAACUUG